AUGUGUUCAAAUACUGAAUAUAUUGAGACUUCGAAUAACACGCUUCUUAAAAGAGAAAGUGAAACAAACAACCGUCUGUACCUUCAAGGGGCGGAAUACGUCACUAUGAUGGAGUAUGGUCUUUCCUUCGUCAUAGCAUGCAAUUCAAGAACAAGACAAACUCAAGAUGGUAGGCAGCUCACUAAACGCUUCCGAGUCACCCGACUGUACAAUGUCUACGGUGAAUUGCUAUUCACAGAAGACAAACCCACUGGCAUAACUAUUGAUGAUUCAUUUCAUCCAAUUCCUGAAGAAGAAGGUGCUGCCACAGAGAAAUCAGCAACAAAUGGUAACAUUUAUGUCUUAAAUUUCAUUAACAAACUACUGUUAGACAUUACACAAAGAAACGGAUUUAAAAACGUCAAAAUUUGCGAAACUAAGAAGAAUACCAUACCUGGUGGGAUGUUGAAUUUUGUGCCUUAUCACGACUCAAAUUCAAAUAUUUGGAAUUUACUCAGUCGCAACGAAUUUAUUGCACAAGUAUGUCAGAAGAUUCAUACAUUUUGUGAAGAUGUGUUUGAACAGGAAUUUUCAAAUGUUGCCAAAACACACAGAAGAAUACUUUUGUGUUAUGAUCCAGCACAAGAAAUCAUUGCUCGAAGUAAUACAGUGACAAGUAAGAUAAAGGAAGACUGUAUUGUUGUACUAUUGUCGAGAAUUCAAAACAUGUUAAAUUUAACACAACAAACUGUUGCUCAAACUCUUCAACAAAUUGAUUAUACUCCUGCCCCAACUGAAAUGAGUACACAGAUGGUAUUUAACCCAAACCCUGAAGAUGGACAAAUGAUGUACAAUGAAACGAAUACUUUUGAGCCAAAUUUAGACAAUGUGUUCUAUCCACAAAUUGAUUAUACGCAACCUUUUAACUCUUUCUAUAAUGGUGAGUAUAUAGAAGAGUUCCCACAAAAUUUGAAUGGGUUUCAAAGCUUUUAA